GAAGGUAAGUAGCUUCAACCACAAUACAACGUGUGAAUAACACAUUUGUUUACAAACGUCUUCCUAAGCGCCUUUUUCUACAGCUUUUAGCUUAGUUCGCUCCAUUAAUCAUGUGUUAAGUUGUUUAGUCGAUAGUUGCUCAAAAGUGCACUGAUUGAAGAUAUUCACCAUGAUCUCCAGUGAAAUGCCCAUGGUGAAACCACGACGAAAAUACGAAGAAGUGCCGGUGCACAAGCCGGAACGCGACAAACAAACCCAGCCAGUCAAACUGAAGAAAACCUAUUCGGCCAACUUUAGCCCUAAAACCUGUUGCCAUCCUGACCAUGCUUCCAGCAAAAAAAUCAGCGAAGUUAUCAUAGAAAUCCCGGAAAAAGACCCAUCGAGUCGACCAAGCAAAAGGAACCUAAGCAGAGAAAUCGAAAGACUGACGCAAGACAAUGAACAAAUCGCUGGCAAGUUUGCCGAGCUGGAGGAUCUAUCAGUGAAAAAGAUCUUGAAGCUGAAGGAAAAAGUGGGCAACUUGCAGAACAUCAAUUCCGACCUGCUGAAGGAAAAUGAGUCGCUCAGACACCAUUACCAAGAGCUGCAGAAGGCCUACGAAGAGGCUUAUAACCAACUGGAGCUCAGCAAAGUGUGCAAACGCUGCCAACAGUUGGAGGCGCAGCUGGAAGCUGCCAUCCAGGAAAAUCAGGCUUUGAGCAAACGCAAUGUGGAUGUCAGUCAAGACCUUGAAAUGCUCAAGACUGUAGUGUUCAGGCUAAACGCCCAGUUGGAGCGCUAUCAGGAAAAGCUGCGAAAGCACAACAUCAGCAUUGAAAAGUACUCACAGCUUCACCCACAAAAGUCUUCCACGAAUCAGUACAGAGAGACGGAAAUCAUCAACAUCCUAUCUGAGGACCACCAGAAUCAUCGACACACGCCGGUUUCAUGGGGGCCAGUAAACAGUCACACUUUAGGGCCUUUAUUGGACGCUUAUCAAGACACAAUAAACGAAAAAGACGAAAUCAUCCAAAACUACGAGCUGAAUUUGGCCUCAUUCACCGGCAAAAUGAAAGAGGUUAUUGAGGAAAAUGAGAAUCUCUACAAAAAACUCACUGAGGAUGAGCGAUGCGGCUCGAAGCUGGGGAAGAGGUUGGAGCAAGUCAGCGCCGAACUGAAAGCUACCAAAGACCAAAAUGAUGCUCUAAUAAAAAAAUGCGCCAUCAAGCAAGAUAAGAUUGAGGAGAUUUUGAAGGUGUAUGAAACCAAGGUUGAUCAGAUGAAGCGGGACUAUCAGUUGGUGCAUGAUGAGUACAUCAAGCUGCGCACUGAAAAUGCCUCUUUAAAGGAGAAAAUAACUUCCCUAGCUAAUGUUCAGGAAGACUUCCAGAACGAGAGGCAAAAAUAUAUUCCGAUAGCUGUGCACACAGCCAGCGUUAAUGAGUGCAAAAAGUGGUACGAGGAAUUGAAGCAUCAAUACGAAGUGGAACGGAGCAAACUCCAGGAAAAUAUUGAAUCCCAAGCCAGGUGGAUGGACGAAAUGAAGAAAGUGAAAGAAGCAGCCGAAGACAGGGUAGUGAAGUUGGAAAAGGAACUAAAAAAAUCUGAGUCCAAACAGCUGGAUCUGGAACAUGUGCUGAAUGAAGUCCAGCUAUCACGUAGCGCCUGCAGAAAACAGCUGCAUAAAGCGAUGGGUUUUGCCAAAGAUAUGGUAGCUGAGCAAGAGACGCUGCUUCGAGCACUGAAUCAGCGGCAGCUGGAAAACCGUGCAGUGAAAAACAUUGGCUCUGAAAUGGCGUGUCGAAUGGAUUCGUUGAAAUCUCAGUUAAAGUUGCAGGACGUGCAAAAGUCCGCCUGGGAAGAAUUCACUACGGUAGAGCAGCGCAUCCAAAAGCAGGCAGAGCUGAUCGAGACAAUGAAAGAUGAGCAUCGGACAGAAAUCGACAAUUUACAGCAAAUAAUUGACGAACAGCAGCAGAAACUGGCAAAACAAAACAAACAUUUGCCUACUAGUCAUUUCCAGUUGUUCAAAGAAAAAUACAAAUGAUAAUUACAGUA